AUGUUGUCAGUAUCUUCUUUUUGCAAGGUACACAUCAAUUAUCCUUUUGGAAAACAGAAGAAAGUGCUUGAAGACUGUGAUAUUGCACAUAUCAUUGAGUAUUUGGUCCUUGGAAUGAACAAGACAGCCUUCAACACUGCAAUGAAAAAUGAAGAACUUGCAUGUCAGCUGACUGAAGCUGUUUUCAAAUUAAUUGAUGCUGAAUGUCAAGGCCUUUGCAAGACGGAAAAUGCCAGCAUUUUACGUCACAUCUCUCCCGCUGAUCUUGUUGAGCUAAAGUUAGAGAACUUAAAAGGAGAACUUUGUCUCAAAGCACUAAUGUUGACAAAACUUCUGUCAAAUAUUUGCAAGUCAAAACGAUCUAAGAGUAAAAGUCAAGUCAGAGCUGAUGAGGUGGUUGUUCCAACGGUGGCCACUGUAAUUCUGCAUUCACGAUGUCCUGAGAUGUCUGCAUUGCCUUACAGACUGGGCCUAAUUUUGCGUCACGCAGGUGCAGGAACUUUGGGGUUGGAAACUCUAUUCAAGCAUGCGUUGGUAAUGUCUCCAGCAUCUUUAACCAUGAAAGCCAAUACCCUUGGUAAUGACUGUGACAAAUCGGUCCAGCUGUGGAAAGGCAAGUGUGAAUUAGAGGUGGCCAAACAAAACUGCUUCAGAGUGAUUAAGGAUCAUCUCCAACGGCUGUCCUUUCUCCCUCAUCUUCCUAAUACUAAUGGUGUGAAAGAGUUUCUCUCACAACUGAAGCAGCCCACAGCCAACUCUAGUGCAUCUGAAAUCUGUGGCAACAGUGAGGAUUGUGGCACACUGGAUCUGAGCGGUUUGAAUUUAUGCUGUAAUUUUAGCUCAAAAUCAGUACUGGAUGGCACAUGGUUAGUGUUGCAGUACAGAGGAGUGGAAAAGGAUGUAACCAUUCAGUGUCUGGAGGACAUUUCCCUGCAAGGAACUAAUGAAGCAAGCAUACUUGAUGCACUGGUUUGCUGUACAGAAUCAAAGCAUGAAAUCCCUUCCUAUCAAAUAAUAGGAGAUAAUCUGGAUCUUAAUGUAAAAGUUCGACACAUGGACAGUGAAAAUAAGAAUAAGUCUUUUCACUGGUUUAAUCUUGUCGCUUUUAAAGACCAAGUGUCUUGCAGUCAUCUUCCAGAUGUGCAUGAAAAAACAUUAGAUGAUGUUCUGAUUUCUGCUUUUCUCUCAUCUAAAGAGGACAUGCUGCAUCUAAAAGAAGACUUUGUUGUUUUGUGGUCUCGUGUUAUUGUAAAGUACAUGAAGGCAUUUGCUUUUCUGUGAAAAGCUGUUAUUUACCAUAUUCCCCAUGCUUACAGCCAAAUCAUGACUGAACCAGUUGAAGAGGUACAUACCAUACAUAUAGGCAAGCA